AUUAUUGUAUGCAGAAUAGUUAAAUGGAAAAGUGUUGUAAAACGACAUCGAAAGCAAAUACGUCGAGUGUUAGCUCAGCGCCAACAAAGUCUAUCUGACCAGUAAUAAUAGCUCUGCAAAAGCAGAGUCGGUAACCAAACUCUUAAAAGUGCAAAUUUACUCAAGAUCAAAGUGGAUUUAUCUUUAAAAUUGAUGUGUCAAAACGGCUCUUGCAGCUUUAACUAUGUGCUGUGGAAUUUUCAAGGAUGCUGCGGCUAAAAUUAAUGAAUUUUCUGAUCCCAUAUGCCAUGCUUUUAUCGCUAUCGGGCAAUACGGCUGGAAUUUUGACAAAGAGGAAUGCGAUUGGCGCCAUGACAACGUCUACAAUUUUAACUACAAUGUACAACAGCAUCGAGGACAACAACAACAGCUCUUAUAAUAAUAUCAACAACAGUAAAACUAUGCCGAGUGACAACGAAACAGAACUAAGUUCCACAGGCAUAGAAGACGAGAAAAUAGCCAAAUUAAAUACAACUCAGGCUAAAGGGGAAAUCACAGAGCUGAGCACGAACGUGACAUUAUUUAUGCAGAAAAUACCGCGUCUUCAGGUGCACUGGAAGGACAACCUGCCGAAUGGUACCACAUACAAUGUAUUGGUUAGUGCUGUUAACAGCACCCGCUGUCCGGAUGCCCCCUGCAGUGAGUACACCAUCAAACAGAAGCCCAGCAAGUAUAUUUACCUGCCACAGAGCCCCAAUCCAAGUGUGGAGUCUGUCGACUGCAAUUACAUGUUUGGCUGCAUGUAUAACGUUACUGUGGAAACUUCUAAUCUGCUCGUCCGUCGCUCCAUGCGCGUUCUCAUACCAUAUUGUGUUGCCGGCAAGUGCUCCUGCCAGUUGUCGCCGACGCCACCAAAGGUCCUGGCCAGGGCAACAAUGCAGACAAAUGACACCAUCAGCAUCAAUUUCACCAUUUUGGCCAACGAGCAGCUACGCAAGGAACAGGAGAAUCAUCUGCAUGAAGCCCUCAAGGCAUACAAAAUGCAAUUAAGAAUCAAUGAGGAGAGCAAUCCAUCGCUCCCAUGGGGAGGUGUUCUAAAGAAUCUGCACAAUCGGAUUUACAAUCUCAAUGAAUUGCACUUUCGACCCAUAGCCAAGGGCUAUGAUGGCCACAUGCAGCUCACCCUGGGCACACAACUCAAGGAGAAGGCCUCCCUCAAUUUGCAGGCCGUGAUUAUAGAUCCCUCCGGCUGUGAGGGACAACGCAGUGUUAUCAAGGUGCCAGUACCCGCCAAAAAGGUGCAACUUAACAACGAUGCCAAUUUGAGCAAUUCGCUCAUUAUUAUGAUCACAUUAAUCAUAGCCAUCACAAUUGUGGGCUUUAUAACUCUGCUGUUGCGUCGACGUCGGGCCAAGACCAAGGAGCAACUAAAGAAGAAUCAAAUAUACUUGGAAUCCUUUGCCGUCGCCCCUGUUGAAAUGGAGGAUAAUAUUAACUACGUGGACAAGUACGUGGAGCAAUCGCAAGCUUUGGGUUUGGCGGACAUCUUCGAGGUGCCUCAUUCUGCGAUACACAUGGGACAAAUGCUGGGCGAGGGCGCCUUUGGUCAGGUGCACGAGGCAACGGCCAUCAAUUUGCGACGAAUGCGAGGCACAACGCUUGUGGCCGUCAAACAACUAAAAGCCAAUCCUUCGGCGGAUGAAGUGGAUGAGUUCCUCUCGGAAAUUGAAAUGCUGAAGGGAGUGGGUACGCAUAACAAUGUGGUUUGUUUUCUGGGCUGCUGCACGAUUCGAGCGCCCUACCUGAUGAUCAUGGAGUAUGUCGGACGUGGCAAUCUGCUGAAUUACUUGCGAACGGCGCGUCAGCAAUUGGGACAAUCAAAGACACGGGAUGCCAACCACACGACUCGUAGAAUAAUUAAGACCAAUUCGAGCGUUGCUUCCUCCUUGUCAGCGUCAAAGCCGCAGAGUGUUAAUUACAUUGAGUUGAAGGCAUCCAGUCCGAGCACCGAGCUGGAACAAUCAUCUGUGUCCAUUUCAUCGUCUUCGAACUCAAAUGAUUUAUGUGCCAGACAGGCAAAACCAUCGUUUGCAGAAACAACCUAUACGAUUGUCGAGGAGGAGGAGGAGCCAUUUGAGUACAUUCUUGACCACAAGGAACUCCACAAUUUUGCGUUGCAAAUUGCAAAUGGAAUGCGCUUCUUAGAAGAACAAGAGAUUACGCAUCGCGACUUGGCAGCGCGAAAUGUGCUUAUUGAUGGCAAUAAGACAUUGAAAAUAUCCGAUUUCGGUCUGUCCAGGCGUGGCUUGAUCUACACCAACACCAAAACACGCAAAUUACCAUUGCGCUGGCUAUCCAUUGAGGCCAUUAGGGAUAAUGUGUACUCGAGCAAGAGCGACAUUUGGGCGUAUGGUGUGGUUCUCUGGGAGAUUGGCACGCUCGGCGCCUCGCCGUAUCCCACCAUCAGCAACAGUGAGCUGAUACCAUUUCUAAUGGCUGGUAAUCGUUUGGAGCGACCCGAGAUUUGCACGCCACAAGUGUACACCAUAAUGCUGCAGUGUUGGCUUGAGGAAGCCAAAGAGCGGCCCACAUUUGAUGCCCUCUGCAAGGUAUUAAGCCCGAAGACCACAUAUGUGGACAUAAACAGUCUGAGUGAUGAUUACGUUUUUCCACCGAUUAAGGAGUAAACAUCAACUUCAAGUUAGUUAGCAUAAUUGUUAUUUAAGAUAUCUAGAUGUAUGCUAAAACCUUAUCCAAACCUCUUGAUAUGCUUUUAUAAAGUAUUCUCGAGGCAUCUUAAAUUUGCUGGAUCAAAUGCACCUUAUCUAUCACAAAUAUGAAAGUAUACACAAGGAUGACAAUUUUGUUCUAAAUAUUCUUUAGACAAUGUUCUUAAUUAACAAUAUAUAUUUAAGGCAAAACGUUGAAUAUGAACAAAUGUGUGUUAGAGGUCGUAUAUAGAGUAUAUGACAUUCUCGAGAUAAAUGCGUGUGAUAAGUUUAAGUAGUAAUUAAAAUAUAACUAAAAGUACAAGCAAUCGCACAGAGUAUAACCCUGUCGAAAGAAUCGCUAAAUGCAUUUCAAUAAAAAAUUAUU